CCGAACAUGUCUUCCUUCUUCGCAAAGGCAUUGGCCCUCAGCGCUCUGGCAGCGCCUGCUUUUGCCGCUCCUAGCUCUAUGGUCAAGAAGUCGCAGAUCAUCAACACUUCUGCCAAGCAAGCUGCUAUCGACCUCUGCGGUACUGCCGACAAUCUUGUCCUUUACGACACGCCUUGGAUUGUGUACAACAUGUUUUAUGGCGCUGCUGGAUCAGUCGGUACUCAAUGCACACGUUACGAUCACGUCGAGGCUGCUACCACCGGCAACAAGAAGAUUGUCUGGAGCAGCGAGACAAACAUUGAAUAUGUCGAAGCAACGUUAGGUUACGCUUUCGUCGGCCUGACUCAAAACCUCGAGACCACCGUCUCUGGCAUCAACUCCAUCCCCACCACAUACGACUGGACUCGAACCAACAGCACUGCUUUCAAGGGCAACGUCUGCUACGACUUCAUGACUAGCAACACAAAGGGCGACUCGACAUCUUCGAAUGCCCAAGAGCUCAUGCUUUGGCUUCAAUACGAAGGUGGCCAACUCCCCAUCGGCUGGGCCGAUGGCGCAAAAGCCACCAUCGAGAACCUCUUUGGCACAUCUUGGAAGCUGUACGAGGGCAAGAAUGAUGACACUGGUAUCACCGUCCACACCAUGAUGCCUGAGAAGCAGUUUGAGGGUAGCUUCAGUGGUGAUCUCAAGGAGUGGCUUGAGGCUCUUGUGCAGCAUGGCACUUUCAAGGAGUCUACCUAUGUCAAUGUUGGCAAUGCUGGUACUGAGUACUUCUAUGGUCACAGCAACCUGAACGCUACUCUGGGUCUUCAGAUUGAUCUCGACUAA